CGCUUGUUGUCGUCUUUAAAAUCCAUCUUUCCUUUUAGUGUAACCAGGCAUGUGCGAAAUACACAUUUUCGUUGCGUAAGCUUUUGACAUUGAAUUGAAGCCGGUAAGAUGAAGGGAGACUAAAUCAAAUCACGUUUUUCAACAUCCGUGGGACACAGUCGUACAGGCAGUAUGGAGGAAAUACCCCAAUCCACUGACUAAAUCUGUUGUUGGAACUGAUAUAGUGGAGCGAGAAAUCAGUAAAGAGGGAAUCCUUCAAACACACAGAUUGAUGAAGACCAAGUGGUUUAUUCCAUCGAUUGCCAGAGGGUUACUAGGAGACCAAAAACUUGCUUAUGGAAGUGAACAUUCAAAGUGUGACCCAAGAAAUAAAACACUAACACUCGUCUCCAGGAAUAUCACAUACAGUUCCCUAGUUACAAUUGAUGAAACUUUAACAUAUUCCCCUUGUUCUGACAAUAAAAACAAGACUUGCUUGAGUCAUUCCACAAAAGUGACAGUGAACAGCAUGAUACCAUUUGCCGGAUAUUUGGAGAGUUUGGUGGCAGAUAACGUAGUGAGCAAUACUAGUACGGGACGAGACGCAAUGGAGUGGGUGAUAGAAAAGAUAAAAACUGAGGCAGAAUGUGCCAUUAGGAGUAUGGACGAAGUAUUGAACACCAGCCCCUUGAGCACUUUAUAAUGACGAUUUAACUUAGGUUUAUAAUUAGCGUGGUCACCUGUUCUAUAGGUGAAGGACAUAUGCUGAUCUGUGAUAGGUUUUUAGACUUUCUUAGUCCCAGUUUAGGGAGGCAGACAUCUUGAGGAUGUUUUAAAAUCGUGCAGACAGGACUUCAUGAAACUCAGGAUACAAUGUGACAUUGCCAUGUACAGACGUCUGUCUUUAGUUUCAUCCUAAAACGUUUUGGAUCACCGACAUAAAUCUACUCAUCGUUGCUUUAUGUGAAACUGUUAUAUUCAUGAAUCCAGCUUGGGAACUGUUAAAAUGUACUUGUAACUUGAGAACUGAAUAUCAAUAAUGUUUAUGAAUUUAGCUUGAAAAAUGUUUAUUGCAAUUUUAGAACUGAAUAAUGUCAUGAAACCAGCUUUGAAAAUGUUACAAUGUAAAUUUAGAACUGUAUAAUGUUUUACAUAAACAUUAUUUAUUUUAAAACUGUUA